CCUCGAAAAAUAAUCUGCAAUUAUUAAAAUCAAUUUAAAAUAUCACUGCAGAGAAUGAAUUUAGAGGAUAAAAUACCAGGAGCACCAAAUUUAGAUACGACGAUAAUAAAAUUAAUUAAAAAUACAUCAAAUAUUCAUGUAGGAUUUAUGUUUGAUGGUGAUCAGCAAUUAUUGCAAUUAUUAUGUUUAUUAUUGAGUUCAACGCCAGCUGGUAAAUUAUAUAAAGGAUGGCAAGAUUUUGGUAAUGAGUUAAAAUUGACAAGAGAACAAUUACAGUGCAUUGAAUAUAAUUUUAAAGGACUACAAGAUCCAACUUUUUAUGUUUUAUUGACUUUUUCACAAUUAUCUGAAUCAACGAUCGAUAAAUUAUUGAUUGCUUGUCAAAAUAUAAAACGUUUUGAUAUUAUUAAUAGAAUUAUUUCUCCUUUAAAUAUUUUUAUUGAUAAUUUAUCUGUCGAUCCUCAUUUUCCAGGAAUUUUAAGACCGAAGACUUUACCAAGAGUUCCAUUAGUUUUAAAGCCACUAAUUGCUGAAAAUACUUGUCUAAGUAACUUACCAGCAAAUAAUAAUUUAAAUAAUAACAAUAAAAAUAAUUAUGGACGUACCAGUGAUGAUAAAAAAAAUUACGGGAGUAUUGUAAUGUUGACAUUUACAAAAGACGGUGAAAAUAUAUCAAAAAAUAUAUGUAAAAUAUUACGAGAACAAAAUCCUAAAAUAGGUGUCGUUAUAUUGCAAGAACAAGAAAAAUUUGUUUUUUCAAGAUCUGAGGAAUUUAUUGAUGAUUGUUUCAAACAAGUUAAUUAUAUUAUACCGAUAUUAACUUCCGGUUAUAUUAAACAUAUUAAUAAUUUAAAUAAUGAUGAUGAAUAUAAUUUAUUCAAUAAUUUAGAUUAUAAGUAUGUUAAAUAUUUAUACUCAUUAAUGCGCUUUGAAUAUUUUAAAAAUAAUUGUAAAAACAAUCGUAUCAGGUGUAUUGUGCCCAAUGAAGAAUUAUUGUCAAUUAUAAAAACGGACUUACAUCCUUGUUUGCAAGCUUGGUUCAAAUAUUCCGAAAUAGAAUUAUUUACGAAAAAUAUUUUGUUAAAAAAAUUUUAAAUUUUACAAAUUACUUACUCAC